CUCGCGAGCACGCGUAGCCGGCUUUCCAGGCGCUGACUUCCGGCCCGGCAGCUGAGCGAGUCCGAAAGACUUCUUUCAUUGGUCUCCAGGAGAAUGGCUUCCCAGUGAUCUGAGAGGAAAUGGAAUCUGCUCUCUAGGAUAGAAGCAGCUAACCACUGAGCCAGUUUGCUGAAGCAAAUCAUGGCUACAACCAGGAGUCCCAAGGCAUACCCAUCCCCAGGCGAGGACUCCACAGAGGGACAGAAAUCAGCUCUUCCCAGCAACGGCUCUGACUCCGAAGCUUCCCGCCAGCGCUUCAGGCACUUCUGCUACCAGGAGGUAGCCGGCCCCCAUGAAGCGUUCAGCAAGCUCUGGGAACUCUGCUGUCAGUGGCUGAGGCCUAAGACACACUCAAAAGAGCAAAUACUGGAGCUGCUGGUUUUGGAGCAGUUUCUGACCAUCUUGCCAGAGGAGAUCCAGGCCUGGGUGAGGGAGCAACAUCCAGAAAAUGGCGAUGAAGCUGUGGCUUUAGUGGAGGAUGUGGAGAGUGUGUCUGGGCAACAGGUCCCAGAUUCAGGGAAGGACUGGAAAGUGCUCAAUGAGGAGACAGCCCCUUUGGGAGCAGCCAGAGAGCCACGGAGGUCCCACCUGAACCGGCGGGGUCAUCCAGAGGAAAGCGCUUUGACGGGGUCACAGAGCUCCCAACAAAGAUCAGCGCAACAGCCAGAAGCCUGGAUGAUGGCACAGCCUCCCAGGAACCUGCCCCAAGAGAGGGGUCUUCGAGACCAGGAGACGGGCGCUGUGCGUGGGACAGCUGGGGCCCAGGGAGCAGCCACGUGUGAGGACAAAGCCUUACUCCUCGGUCAAGAAGGACGGCUAUACCUCGGGCCUGCACAGAGGAUCCUCCACAGGGACAUUACAAGGAGGAAUGACAAAAAUGACUCUCUGGCCCGGCAUGUUUCUGUUCUCUCAGGUCUUGAGAUCAAGAAUGGAACCAAAAAAGAGAAUAAAAAAUGGGAGCAUUCAGAGCAGGCUGAGGUGAAGGAGGCCCUAUGGAGAAAGUCUGGUGACCUUUUUUGGAACCCUGAACCGGAGAGAGAAGGGAAGGGUGAGCCUAUGCUGAGAGGGCCAUGUAGACGGUCUCCAGGCGAGCACGAGGGGACAGCCCCAGCCCAGGAGAGGGAGAGGCAGCAGAUACUCCAGGCUGGAGAGAAGGCCUGUGCAGGGGGAACCUGCUCUCAAGGAACUUUCUGUUGUUAUCAGCCAGUCCCCGAGCUGGACAGAGCUUCUAAGUGUCAGGAAUGUGGGAAAAGCUUUAGCCGAGGUUCUUACCUUGUGCGGCAUCAGAGAAUCCACACGGGAGAAAAGCCUCACAAGUGCAGCGAGUGUGGGAAAGGCUUUAGUGAGCGCUCCAACCUCACUGCCCACCUAAGGACGCACACGGGGGAGAGACCCUACCGCUGUGGGCAAUGUGGGAAAAGCUUCAACCAGAGCUCCAGCCUCAUUGUCCACCAGAGGACCCACACCGGGGAGAAGCCUUACCAGUGCACCGUCUGUGGAAAGAGAUUCAACAACAGCUCCCAGUUCAGCGCUCACCGGCGAGCCCACAUGGGGCAGAGCCCAUACCUGCGUGCACAGUGUGGGAAAAGCUUCAACAACAGCUCCGUCAAUGCCCACCAGAAAACACACACUGGGGAGAAGUAUUACAGUUGCUCGUGUGAGGGAAGCUUCACUAAGCACCCUGCCCUGAUAUGCCAUAAGGGGGCACACAAGGAAGACACCUCACAUCACCAAGAAGGGAUACGUGGAGCGGGGGUGUAGGAGAGCCAACAAAUCAAUUCCGUAGUUUGACGUGUUACCUGAAGCUUCUGUCAGCUCGUGGAGGCUUCUGCUAGCCAGGCCCUGGAGCAGCAGGAGACUUACUCACCAGCCGGUCUCAACAACACGGGCAGGAAGAGCAACCAGCAAAAGAAUCCUGAGCUUUCUUUAUAGGUCUGCCUGUGACCCACAGUCGUGUGUCACCGUGGACUUCCGUCUGCUCUCAAGGAAGAGGCCUGUGGGGUCCAAAGUCCUGACAGGA